AAAGUUUCUCGUUGUAACGUGACAAAACAUGAAACAGCUGAAGGAAUUUAGUCAGUAAAUAUUCUUUCACACAACCCUAAUUAAUAAAAAAUAAAUGCUAGUGUGUAGCUGCACGAUCAUUUUGUUUUUAUUUUGCUUUGCAUGCCUCCCCUCUCUCCAUCGCUGCUCGCCUGCCCAGCACCAACUCUAACAAUAUCCUGUUGGCUUCAGGGCAGCAGAAGGAGGGCAUCAGGUCGAACUGCAUGCUGAUCCCCACGUGUCGAUGAAAGCUGCGUCGAGCGGCUCUGCCAGAAAGAAAAACAUCUGCCAGCCGUGCAGUUGGUGCAGUCAGAUCUGUUUUUCACAAACAAAGUGCUUCCUCUGUAACAAUCUGCGUCGCCAGUCACACCCGGCUUGGAGAGAACCAGCACUUCACCGCUGAAGGGUUUGUUUUGGAAACCUGAAACUGAAGCAGAGGGGCAGCCUGGACCUUAAACAUGCUCGUGGAUAUUCUGCAUAAAUCAGACGUCUUGACAGGGUGGGCCGUCCUGCGCUCCUCAGCCACCUCAGGGCACUCUGCAAGCGCUCGCCCUGUCAGAGGAAGAGGUUAACCCUUGGUGACGCUGCCCUGCAGUGUCACUGAUAUCAGCAGCAGAACCACGCUUCCCCUUUCUGCGAACACAGAGAGUGAGAGAAUGACAGAGUUAGAGUAAUCAAGCUACUUUUAAACAAUCCUUCAAACUCUCAGGGACUUUUUUUUUGUUUCCUGCGCUGUUUGGAUCUGUAAAGACCUCUGGCAUGCAGAUAAACUUUGUCACGUGUGGGAUUAUUUUGGCUGUUUUUUUAACCGCAACUCCUGAAGAGGCAAGACUAACUCAACAAAUCUCUCAGAGCAGUAAAAUCCGCAGCUGCAUUUCGUCGGUUUUCCCCUGGAGAAACCUUGGUGUCCUUGUUGGGGCAUGCCUGACGCUGCUUCAGGUGGACUCUGCAGCAUUCCUCCAUGCAGGUCACCCUGCAUUCUCAGGAGAUAAAAAUGAUUCAUAUACAUUUUCCGUCGGAUUCUUUCAGUUUUGUUUUAACCUCUGACCUAGACGACUUCUUUUUUUGGUUUUUCUAACAACGUGCCUUGUGGGAUGAAUCCAGAAACACCAGCCUGUGCCUUGGUGUCCAUACCUUGGAUUUAGCGCAGGACAGAUGUGCAAUCAGAACUUCUUUUGAAAAUGAACAAAGAGGUUCGAGUGGGAAAGUUGGGGCUGCCGAGCAGCUUCAGAGCCAGUCGGAGACACUCGUGCUUGGGUUUUGAUGUGGAGAAUGGCCUGUCGGUGGGUCGCAGUCCACUGGACUCUCAGACGAGCCCGGGAUCCGGUCUGGUACUUCAGGGCAACUUCCCUCACAGUCAGCGCCGGGAGUCUUUCCUCUACCGCUCCGACUCAGACUUCGACCUGUCGCCCAAAACUAUGUCUCGCAACUCGUCCACUGCCAGCGAUCUGGAGGAAGGAUUGAAGCAUUGGGAAGUUAAUUGGCUACCUCGGCAUGGAGAAGACAUGAUAGUGACUCCAUUUGCACAGGUUCUGGCCAGUCUGCGAACUGUAAGAAGUAACGUUGCUGCUCUGACACAUCUCCAAGAUCGUGUGGUGAACAAACGACCAUCGAGUGCCAGUCAGCCGCCGCUGUGCAAACCGUGUCUCUCAGAAGAGCCCUAUCAGAAGCUCACGAUGGAGACUCUGGAAGAGCUGGACUGGUGUCUGGACCAGCUGGAGACGCUGCAGACGAGACACUCAGUCAGCGAAAUGGCGUCCAAUAAGUUUAAGAGGAUGCUGAACCGUGAGCUGACGCAGCUGUCAGAGACGAGUCGCUCAGGGAACCAGGUGUCAGAGUUCAUCGCCAGCACUUUCCUCGAGAAGCAACAUGACUUGGAGAUCCUGUCUCCGCCUACUAAGGAGAAGGAGAAGAAAAAAAGGCCGAUGUCACAGAUUAGCGGUGUGAAAAAGGCCACACAAAGCCCAAGCUUAGCGCCUGCUUGCAUCCCUCGCUUUGGAGUCAACACACCGCACGAAAACAUGUUGGCAAAGGAAAUUGAGGACCUUAAUCGAUGGGGUAUGGAUAUUUUCAAACUAGCAGAAUAUUCAGGAAAUCGCCCUCUGACGGUGAUGAUGUACUCCAUCUUCCAGGAGCGAGAUCUCCUGAAAACCUUCAAGGUGCCAAUUGACACCUUCCUCACCUUCAUGAUGACUUUAGAGGACCACUACCAUGCGGACGUAGCUUAUCACAACAACAUCCAUGCUGCUGAUGUGGUGCAGUCCACCCAUGUCCUCCUGUCCACUCCUGCUUUAGAGGCGGUGUUCACAGACCUAGAGAUCAUGGCCGCUCUUUUUGCAAGCGCCAUCCAUGACGUUGACCACCCAGGCGUCACCAACCAGUUCCUCAUAAACACAAGUUCUGAAUUGGCACUAAUGUACAACGAUUCGUCUGUGCUGGAGAACCAUCACCUCGCCGUCGGCUUCAAGCUGCUGCAAGAGGAGAACUGUGACAUCUUCCAGAACCUCAGCAAGAAACAGAAAGACUCACUCCGGAAGAUGGUGAUUGACAUGGUUCUGGCCACAGACAUGUCCAAACACAUGAACUUCUUGGCAGACAUGAAGACGAUGGUGGAGACCAAGAAAGUGACGAGUUUGGGAGUCCUGCUGCUAGACAAUUAUUCUGACCGCAUCCAGGUUUUACAGAACAUGGUCCACUGUGCUGACUUAAGUAACCCAACCAAACCACUGGAGCUGUAUCGGAAAUGGACGGACCGCAUCAUGGUGGAGUUCUUCACCCAGGGAGACCGAGAGCGGGAUAAGGGGAUGGAGAUCAGUCCUAUGUGCGACAAACACAACGCCUCCAUAGAGAAGAGCCAAGUGGGGUUCAUUGACUACAUCGUCCACCCGCUGUGGGAGACCUGGGCUGACCUGGUGCACCCCGACGCCCAGGACAUUCUGGACACGCUUGAAGACAACAGGGAGUGGUACCAGAGCAUGAUCCCCCGCAGCCCCUCGCCGACGAGCCCGGACGAGCCUCACGCUGAGGUGGGACCCGCAGCUGGCACUCCAGGGUCAGGAGGAGCCUUCCCUUCAUCGGGAGGAGACAAAUUCCAGUUUGAACUCACCUUGGAGGAGGAGGAGGAGGAGGAGGAGGAUGAAGAGGAGGCGGAGUCUGACCUCGAGAGCCCCUUGGAGGAGGAGUCUCUGACCAGUGGAGAUCGGAGACACGAUUCGUCCUCGCCGUCCCUGUCUCCAGACCCCCGCAGUGGCGGCAGCAGUAGGUACCGCCCUCCCUCCCCUCACCCGUCUCGGACCCUGAGUCUGGCCUCCAUGUCGGUGCGGAGCCCCCACCCUCACAGGACGCUGGGCUCCCCGGAGCCGGAGGCUUCGGACAGGAACAGAGAGCUGAGCCAGGAGGGCGACGGCGUGGCCUGCCUGCGGAUGGGAACGUAAUGACCAGCAGGAGCCGCCCUGCCGCAGAGACAUGAGCGCCGGCGGCGGCAGGGCGAGCCUUCGCCAAUAAUGUCUGUAAAAUCACCACAGUCCCUUUACACUGGAGACACCUUCUCUGGAGAGCAGAGGAGCAACUCGCCUCUGUGUUUUUCUUUCUUUUCCAGCAAGAUGAAAUGUUUUAUCCUCUAUCCGAGUGCCUGAUAGGCCUUCCUGGUUUCCUGCAGCUUCAGCUGAUGAAUAAUUGCUGCAUUUGGACUGGGAAGAGUGGAAUUAAGGCUUGUACUCACACAAAAGGUAACAAAACCUAAAAGGAAACGUCUUCCUCCAAAAUAACUGUGACAUCCGAGCAUGAGCGGCGAAUGAGGACUACAGUGGUGUGACAGGGUUUUGAAAAUGAUUUUGCACCAUGGUUUUAAUUUAGGAUUUAGGAUAAUUAAGUUGGGAUAGGUAAGUAUGAUUUAUUUCUUUAAGAAUGGCGUGUGAAAUGAGUCAGUUAACCAAAUACGGGAUGUAGAUGAGAAAAUCGACGGACCUAACCUCAGGGUAUGAAGUGAAGCAUAAACCUAAUGUAGCACAGGUGUACUAAUCCCCCAACCCAAACCGUCUUUCCUGUUUGUCUCAUUGAGGAAUGAGACGUUGUCCAAAAUGUGUGUCUUUACAUUUAUUUAAAUCCCUUUAAUAGAGAAUUUGGCAGAUGAAGCUAUCAGAUACUCAAACCAGCUUGUAGCACCACAGGAACCGAACACUUUAGACUGAACCCCAGUCUCACCUGUUGAAAAGACACCAAUGUAUACUUAGUUUGAGCUUUAUUCUAUUUUCUACCGUAUAUUUUAAAUUGUUUAUGUUUUAAUUUCUGUACCGUUCCUCAUUGUAUGUUUGCUGGUCUCGUGUGUGUUUUUGUGCUGAAGAAAAGCAUUUUUUAAUCAGGGUGCCUCCAGUCCGCAGUAGCACUUUACCGUCUUUACCGUUCUGCUCUCCUAUUUAGUCACACAAAGGGCUUCACCCACUGUAGGCCUACUGAUCACACACAAAAAAAAAAACCUGUACAGGACAUUGGACUACAGCUCUCAGUAGGCAGAGCAGGCCACAAACUUAACAUCUUAUGGACGAGCAUGAACGAUCCUGGCUCUCCAGCAGCUUCUAAAGCUACAAGUUGAAGGUUUCUGUUGUUUUAACGAAAAUUAAAACCAUCGUGUAAACCUUCUCACCAUUAAAAGAAAGUACAAUUUGCUAUAAAUCUGAGUUCAUACAAAGAAAACUCUGGGUCUCCUUACAUCGAGGUACACAGGGUUCCUACCCAGGCUUGAAAUAAAUAGAUUUUAAGAUAAGCUUUGAAAAGGAAAAUUGAGUUUGGAACAAAAAUGCACCUUUAAGUCUCCAAGAGGUUAUAAAUGGGUAGUUCUCCCUUAAUUAGAAGAUUAAAUAGUGCAAAAAAAAAAUGUUUUUCCUCUUUGUUAAAUGCAUCAAAAUUAGGAACACUCACCAUUUUUUAUUCUGUAAAUGCAUCAGGCAGCCAUGUAUUUUAGGUGCAUUUUGUCUAUACUUUUCCAGGAAUCAAGCUAGUUUUCAUUUACUCUUCAAGAAAAUAAACCUCAAAUAUGUUCUGGCAGAAACAUGGCAGUUAUAGAUAAGUCUUAUAAAAAAUACUCUUUUUACAAAGUUGUUAAAAAUGUCCUGACAGAAGAAAAUGACACAAUUUGUGAAAUUAGCUCUGACUGCCGCUUCCAGAAAAGCACCAUUCCCCUUCAGAAACAACCAAUCAGAACCAGGAGGAGGGUCUUAGCGCUGUCGGACAUGCUCAUGUAUAUAGCACCAUUUGCAGAAAAACUGAACUUAUUGAGUUUUUCUCAGAACUUCCUGCUGCAGCUUUAAAUUACUUAUAUUACACCCUUAGCAUCUCUGAAAGAUUAAUUCAGCCGUUAAAGUGAUUUAUUACAUAUUUAAACCAGAAAUGUUACAGAAGUUUUCAGUGUUUUUGCUCCUCAAUGGAAAAUAAAACAAGCACAGCUGACAUUUAUUAAAGCGUUCAGAUUCAAAAAUAAGAAAAUGUGUUGUUUUCUUUGUUUAAUCGUCAGGACUGAAGGAAUAUGAAUAUUAAAUUGUAGAAUUUGCUCUCAGUUUGUCUAGAGGCAAAAAGCUUUUUUCUACUCCACAAGUGAAAAGAUGUUUCUUUCAAGAUGUUUCUUGAAAUGUGGAAAAGAAGACAAUAAAAUGCAUUUAGACAAGAGUUUUGCACUAAAAUUCCCAGGAUAUGUUAAAAAAUACCUGCAGAAAUGUAAGUAACAUAUAAAAGUGGAAACGUGUAGCAGCCCUGUGUAAAGCGACGUAACGGUUUAAAGCCGCAGCAUGCCGUCCUCUCCAGGCUGCUGCAUCCAGAGCGUCGCUGCGGCUGAUCUUUGGUUGUGGUUGAGUUGGUGAAGCUCACGCUCUGUCCACUCUGUGCCUCUGAAGGAGAAUGAAGUGUGUUUGGUUUGGUAAUAACAGUUUUCUUUAUUCAUAAAAAUCCCACUAAAGAAAUCAAAACCUCAGUUAACCAGCGACAACUGUUGGUUCGCUAUUGCAUUAAAAAGAGGAACACAAAAUCUGCACCAACUUAUGAACUUCUUGUGGUUUUCUGUUUAUUAUUUAAGAGCUCCAGUUGUCGAAACAACUGAAAAAGACAAAAAGAACAUGUAAGUAGCUUAUCAUGAGUUUUACACCUGCAAAUGAUUUAUGGUAAAGUUAAUAUAUUUUCAGAUUAAUCUAAUAUGUAUUUUACCUAUUCUGUAUCACCAAUGUGGCUUUUUUAAAAUUGUCAUAAAAACUAAAUCGUCACACUAAGUCUGUGUGUCAAACACUAACAGAUAAGGAGAAAUAUUGGAGCAGUAUUUAUACAACCACAUACUUUUUGUUCUCUUUUUAAAUUAAAUGUUAAUAUACUGUUAUUUCACGUUUUGGUUAACUCUUCACUUUUUGUUUUUGGUUAAGUAGAUGUAUCUUAUUUCAAUAUGAUGAACAAAAACUAUGAAUCAACAAACAUAAUUAUUGUCUUUUACAGCACUCCGUAUAGAGAAAACUGUACAUUUCUUUAAUUAUUGCACAGACGUUGUUUGUUGCUCAUCUAUUAGUGUACAUUUGUUAGACUUUUAUUUUGAAAGGUUUUAAUUGGUUGUAACAUAGCUGCCAUGCAGGUGUGAAACCAUAAGUAACAAAUUACAGAAAUUAGAAGCAAAUUAGUUUUAUUUUUUAUUCAAGUUUUGUUUUCAUUAUUUGAGAAUCUGACAGACUUUGGCUUUGAAAUUAUAAUCAUUUCUGAAACAAACAAGAAACUAUAAAAAAAAAAACUACAAGUAAGUAGGUGGAGAUUCUCCUUACGAUCCACAGUUAAAACUGUUUUUCAAUAACAAUACGGACUGUUAUUGGAAUGCAUUGAACUCGGACGUGACGCCAUCCCAGAUCCUGUCUUCAAACUCCAAACGCAGCGUGAUUUUAGGAUUGUUUUAGAAGGAGAAUAUUCGCUUUUAAUGAAAUGACCUCUUGAAAGCUUUUAAAAAACACUAUGCUCUACCUGAAUGAUGCUAAGGUCAAGCAAAGCGAUGCUGAGGAUUUUUCUGACGGAGAAUCGAUUGAACAGAUGGGAUUUAAAUAUUAAAUAUUCAUAUUUUGAUCACAUGAUUUGCAAACACAAUGUUGUCAACUAAAGAUUAUCCAAAUGCAACAAUACAUUAGUACCAAAAUUUGAAAAAUAAAGUUUGUACUCACUUUUGGAUUCAUUUUGAACCAAAACAGGAAAGUAAUCUUGUUUAUUAAAGAAGUGGAAACACCCAAACCAAACCGAACCACACCUCAAACAUCAGUCACAGGUUAAAGUUUGCUGUCUAACUUUAAGCAUUUUAUGUUUUGUCACGUUACAAAUGAAGAUGUCAGGAACAACAGAAGAAUGCUUCCUUGUGCCAACAGGGGCUGCUGCAGAGCUGAGACACCAGUUCAAGAAGGUUGGGACUUUGUGUAAAAAUGUAAAUAAAAACUGCAUAAAAUAUGUUAGAAACCCAUAUUUUACUCACAAUGGAGUGAACCUCCCUUUUAAAUUUAUAAACAUUUUUUUACAUUUAUAUUUUGAGACCAGAAGACAGUUUUUAAUCUUCUAAUUAUUUGACGAAUGAUGGAUGAUACGAUCUUCCGUCUUCCCAGUUCUGCAUUGGGGAACAUGUUUCCACCUUUUUUCUUUUUAUACCCAAUUUUAUUCCUGAUCUACUGACAACAAAUCUUAGCAGCUGCAAAAUGCUCCUCCAGCAGCUUAGUGUUUAAAA